AUGGUUUUAGCAGAAUUAGGUUAAAAAAUAAAUAACGCUUUAUCCAAAUUAAACAAUGCUUAAGUAAUUGAUGACAAAAUUUUAAAUUAAGUUUUAAAUGAAAUAUCUAUAGCUUUAUUAUAAUCAGAUGUUAAUGCUAAGUUCGUCAAAAAACUUAAAGACAAUAUUCUCGUCUAAUUCAAAAUGCAAGAAAGCGAGUCAGUAAAUAUGAGAAAAAUGAUCUAAUAAUUAGUUAUAAAAGAGCUAACUGCAAUGCUUGAUUCUUAAAAAAAGCCUUUUAUCCCGAAAAGAGGUCGUCCAAAUAUUAUAAUGUUUGUAGGUUUAUAGGGUGUAGGUAAAACAACUACAUGUACCAAAUAUGCAAAUUAUUGGUAGAAAAAAGGUUGGAGAACAGCAUUAGUAUGUGCAGAUACAUUCCGAGCAGGAGCAUUCGAUUAAUUAAAAUAGAAUGCCACAAAAAUCCGUGUUCCGUUUUAUGGAAGUUAUUCUGAAACAGAUUCAUCUAUAAUAGCAGAAGAAGGUGUUAGAACAUUUAAAAAAGAAAAUUAUGAAAUUAUUAUAGUCGAUACAUCUGGUACACAUAGAUAAGAAGCCGAACUUUUUGAAGAAAUGAAAUUAGUUUCUGCGGCCGUAAAUCCUGAUGAAUGUAUUUUUGUUAUGGACGGUUCAGUAGGUUAAGCAUGUUAUGAUUAAGCUUCCGCGUUUAGAUAAGCAGUUAAUGUAGGAAGUGUCAUUAUUACAAAACUAGAUGGUCAUGCGAAAGGUGGUGGUGCUUUAAGUGCUGUCGCAGCGACUUAAAGUCCUAUUAUAUUUAUUGGUACAGGUGAACAUUUUGACGAUUUGGAACCUUUUGAUCCUUAAAGUUUUAUUAAAAGAUUACUUGGUUUGGGUGAUAUUGCUGGAUUGUUUUAGAAAGUUACUGAAGUUAUAGAUGUAAAAUAGUAGCCUUAAUUAAUUAACAGAAUUGCCGAAGGAUAAUUUUCUAUUAGAGAUUUCUAGAGUUAGUUCAAAAGUAUCCUUAAAUUAGGUUCUAUUAGUUAGUUUAUGAGUAUGAUUCCAGGCUUAGGAAAUAGUUUUCUUGAUAAAAAUAAUGAAAAGGAGUCUAUUAAAAAAGUUAAAAAAUUCCUUUGCAUUAUGGAUAGUAUGAACGAUUUAGAAUUAGACGGAGACGGUAAAAUUAGCGAAAAAAGAAUCGUGAAAAUUGCUUAUGGAAGUGGAAAUUCUAUUGAAGAAGUCCAUUCAUUAUUAGAAGAAUAUAAAAGACUUUCGAAAGUUUUUGGAAAAUUGGGAAAAACUAAUCUUGGUAAAGGCAAUGAUUUUUCUAAUAUUUAAAGAAAUGCGUAAUAAAUUGCAGGAAAAAUGGGCUCUGCUUUAGAUCCUAAAAUGAUAUAAUCAAUGGGAGGUAUGGGAAAUAUUAUGAAUAUUAUGAAAGAUAUGUCUAAAAUGGAAGGAUUAGGAGAAAUGAUGAAAGGUUUAGGCGGAGGAAAUAUAGGUAGUAUGUUAGGCAGCUUAGGCGGAAAUGCUCUUAGUGGAUUAGGAGGAUUAGCUGGUUUGGGAGGCGGUGGUGGUAAUGCACCUGCUAAAGGAUAGAGAAUGUAGAAGAAAAGAUGA